AUGAUAGAACUGGACGCUUCCCCAAAGAAGGGUCGGUGGGAGGAGGUGACCAGUUUAUUACCUUCUUCCAAGUGCACUAUUGGUAACAAACCCUUUGAGAUGAAUAAAGCCAGUGGAGUGCUUUGCAUUGAUAUUGAAAAUUUAGGUUCAUUCGGAGGAAACCAUCAGUCAAAUUAUUUUAGUCCGUUACAACCACAUUAUAGUAUAACGUUCAAAGACUAUCCUUCAGAAUACGGAGCACUACCUCAGGCCGAUUGUGCAGCAUCAAAUGUUGAAUUUCUUUCAUACCCUCAUUCCAUGGCCGAUUCACAAGGCAAUCGUGACGAACUCAGCACUCCAAUAACAAUAACUGGAUUUGAUAAUUCUUCUGGCAUAAGCGCGGAUUCCUAUUUAUCUAAUCAAUUCAAUGAUAUUUCACAACAAUUACCUGGUCAUAAUCCUUUCUAUGCAUUUGAACAAUCCAAUUUAAUAAUUCCCAAUCCACUUCAUUCAAAUCCUCAUUCAUCUCAUCAUCAUAUUCAUCAUCAUCAUCAUGAACAUCAACAUUAUGGUAUGGAUCAAUCAACAGAUCAACUACACAAUUCUAAUAAUGAUAAUAUAAUUCCUAAUGAAAUUUCAACUAAUACAAUUCCUCAUGGUGAUUAUGCAUUAACACAACAACAAAAAAAUGAAUUAUAUUCAUCAAUAUUUUCAGAAUCGAAUUAUUUUCUAUCAAAUACCACGGUAAAUACUUUAUCAAAUGUACAAUAUUCUAAUUCAAAAUGUAUUCAACAGCAUAUACCUGAAUCAUAUCAAUCAGUGAUAUGGUUAAAUCAAGAACAUUCACAAAUACAAUUACAAGAACAUUUACAUUAUACAUCGAAUGGAAUAAUUACAACACAUAAUCAUAAUCAUAAUUACCCAUUAAUAAUUAAUAAUGAGAAUAAUGAGAACAUGAAUAAAAAUUGUAAUGAAUUAUCAAAUAUUAAAGUAAAUAAUACAGAAAUGGAUAGUGUUUUACCUGUUCCAAUCGAGACUGUGUCAACCACCAUGACUGAUGGUAAAAAUAUUCAUGUUCAAGACAAUGAUAAUGAUGUUAUCAUGAUGCGACCAUUAGUUGAACAGUCAAAUCAUUUUGAAACAUCUGAACAUUUAUCUGGGAAUACUGUGAUAUCAAAUGAUUUAAUUGAUAAUAUCUAUUGUAAUAAUAAUAAUAAUAAUGAGACUACUGUUACUGCUGCCAAUAAUAAUAAUCAUCAUCAUUAUGAUACAAAUAUAAUUCCAUUACAAAUUUAUCCUACAAUAUUUCAACCAAAUUAUUCACCGGCUACAUCAUCAUCAUUAUCUUCAUCGUCGUCCUCUUGUUCAUCUUCUUCAUUUUCAUCAUUAUCAUCAUUGUCAUCUUCAAUGGUUUUAUGCACAGAAACAUUAACAAUAACUCCAGCAACAGCAAAAUCAUCAUUAGUAACAACAACCACAACAAACAUUUCACCUUCAUCUUCAUAUUAUACAAAUCAAGAUUAUAAAUUGACUGGUUUGAAUUUUCAUCAACAACAUUUAAAAUCGAACAAUCAUACUGAUUGUAAUAAUACUAUGGUUACUAAUAAUGUUAAUAGUAAUAAUAAUAAUAGCAAUAAUCAUUCUAAUGAAAAAAAGUGUAAAGUUUGCGGUGAUCGAGCUGUAAAUCAUAAUUUUGGUCAAUUAACUUGUGAAUCAUGUAAAGCAUUUUUUAGACGUAAUGCCCACAAAGGUCUAUCCACUUUGAUGGUGACUCGCAUGCUUCGUACAAAUGAUACAUCAUCAUUGAUAUAUGAACCGAAUCGUACGGCACAUAUAAAAUCAAGAGGUCUUGUGGAAUUAACAUGUACAGCGAAAUCCGGAGAACAUGUAAUCACACCAACUACUCGUCGCGAAUGUCCAUCGUGUAGAUUAAAACAAUGUUUUCGAGUUGGUAUGAGACCAGACCUUAUACAAGUUCGUAAAAAAGACGGAAGUAAACCACGAUGGUUGGAUAAAGUUCCACGUGCAGCUAUUGUUCAUGAACAACAUUUACAAUCUUCUGAAGCAUUACAAUGGUCAACAAAUAUUAAUAGUACUACGUUUCACAAUAAUAAUCACAGUGAUAAUAAUAAUAGUAAUAGUAAUGGUAAUAGUACAAUUAAUAAUUCUAAUCAUCGCAUAAAAUACCGCUUAAAUCCUGAUAAAUUUUCUAAAAAUAAAACGAAAGAAUUGAAGCCUCAUCUAACUGAACAUCAACCUAUAGAUAUCAACAACAAUAAUAAUAAUAAUCGUAAUAAUAAUAAUAACAAUAAAGAAAACAAUAUAAGCUGUAUGGAAAAAUCGAUUAAUUUGAAAAGAUUCAACAUUAACUCAAAUGAUUCGAUAGAAAUCCUGUCAGAUCCUUCAAUCCUUGCUCCUCAUCAGCAACAUCAUUAUCAUCAUCACUCAUCUUCUAUUUCACCUUGUUCUAAUCAUCAUCAUCAACAGCGUCAACAAUAUGUAGAAGAAGAAGUGACUAAUGAUGACCGAUUAAAUGAUUAUAUUAUGUGCGUAACAUCAAGUCCAUCACUGAAUACAUCAAAUAUUUUAAAUAAUGUUCAUUAUUCAAUUACUUCAAAUAAUCUUGAUAAAGACUUAAUUAUAAAUUCAGUAACCACUGGAAUAAUUACUGAUAACAAUACUAAUAGUAGUACAAGUGAUAGGACAAGUCCUAGAAUAACAACUACCAUAGCAACUAAUUAUUUUCCAGCUGAUACAGUUUUUCAUUUCAAUAGUUUAAUCAUUCCAAAUUCAUGUCAAAAUAAUAAAUACGGUGAUAUCAAUUUAACUGAUUGGAAUACAUCAUCGGAAAAUGGUGACAAUAAUGAAACUACUCUAAAUAAUGUCAACUGUAUUACGUCCUCACCAUUAUUAUCAUCAUCGUCUCUUAUCAUACCAUCUACAACGACGUUGACAGAAGCGACAAUAGCGAUGGUAAAAGUAACUUCUGGUAGUACUGUUACAAAUACCAAGAAAACAACGAUAGCAAAUACAAGAAUUAAUAAUAAUGAUGAUGAUAAGCAACCUUCAUCGAAUUUACUUUACACAGAACAUCAACAACAUCAUCAUCAUCACCAAAAUGUGGACUUCAGCACUUUGAAUGAUAUCAAUCACUUAGAUGACCUCAUUCUAUUAACUGAUUCUACUGAAUUGAUUGAACAACAAGAAAGUACAAAUCAAUUAAAACCACCUUCGAAAAUUCUAUCACCAUCAGCUUUUACACAACCACCACCACCACCACCAACAACAACAACACCUCCACCACCACCAAUGACAACAACAACAUCUUUAACCUCGGCAAUAAUAUUACAUAAUAAUUUAUCUAAAAAUAAUUUAAUGUGCAAUUUUAUGAAUGAUCAUUCAAUUGUUUCACCCUGUAUAACAUCUAGCUUAAUGUAUUCAACUGAUACAUCAAUUAUACCUAAUAUACCGAAUAUACCAAAUAGUUUAACAGAAAUGUGUAAACAUUCAAAUGUUACACCAUUAUGGAGUACUUCAUCAAUAGAUGAACAAUUCACAAUACCGAUAAUCACCGCACAACAAAAUGAAUCUUUGUUAUCAACUUAUUCAAAUAAUAAUAAUAAUUCAAUCAAUCAAUCAUUAGAAUGUAUUUCAAUAAAUAGUCAUGAUAAAUUAUCAUUUGAUUUAUCAUUAAAAACUACAAUGAAUUCAUUGUCAAGUGAACUGUCUCCAUUAUUACCAACUUCUUCUGUUUCCUUGUUCUCGUUUUCGUCUUCUUCUUCUUCUUUGUCGUCGUCGUCAUCAUCAUCAUCAUCAUCGUCGUCGUCGUCUAUUUCAAUUAGAUGCAAUGAACUACAAUUAGAUGUGAAUUCUAUUAAAUCUUUACAAUUUGAACAAAACAGUAAUAAUAAUAAUAAUUACACGAAUACUAAUUACAUCUUACCGGUUGAUUUAAAUAAUAUACUAUUCUUGAAUGAAAGUAAAUUAUCAGACGAUUAUCCAAUAAUAAGUAUUCCCGAUAGUAGCAAUAAUAAUAAUAAUAAUAAUAAUAAUAAUUCUUGGUCAAAUCUGAAUCAUCAUCAAUUGGAUUCAAAUAAACCAGAAUUACAAACAAAAUGUGAACAAAUUUUCACUGUUCUAAACAAAAAUGAUAAUGAAAUUGAUGGAAUGUCUGGUAUUUUCCAAAAUAAAAAUCAAUUAUAUAAUGAAAAUACCAUAACUAUUCCAAUAAAUUUAACUAAAGUAAAGAAAUCAUGGUCAAAUAUAUGGCAAAAUGGAUUCAUUCCAAAUCCUGAAAAAAUUGAUUUAAAUUUAGAUUACACUGAAUAUCCUACAUUGAAAUGGUGUCUUACAAUAGCUAAUAUAUGGAGUGAUUUAUUUCUACGUCGUAUUUCAGUAUUUGCAAUGUCAUUAUUAGGUGAUCUUAUACAAGAUAAUAAUAAUAAUAAUCAUGAUGAUGAUAAAAUGGGAUCUUUGUCAAGUUGUCAUAACAACAAUAAUCAUGAACAUGAGGAUAAUAAUCAAAGCAUUAAUGAAUCUAAUAUAUACAUUUCAACAAAUGAAUAUUUUAAUGAUUGUAAUCAAAUUCAUGGAUUAUUUCAAAAUGAAAGAGAAAAUAAUAUAGAUCAUGUAUUGAAUGAUAUGAAUGAUCCAUAUUUAACAUGGGAUGAUAUGUUAUGGAUAGCAAAAAAUCGAUUUACAGAUUGUGUCCCCGUUUUAUUAAUUGGUUGUUCUUUGUUGGUUAAUAAAACUGUGAUACCAUCAUCAUCAUCAUCAUCAGCAGCAGCAGCAGCAGCAUCGUCGUCAUCAUCAACAUUAUUAUCAGCCAAUUUUAAUCAAGAAACCCCAACAGAUUUAAAUCAUUCAAAUAACCAUUUUUCAAUUGGUAACAAUAAAUUCACUGAUGAUUUAGAAAAACUAUCAUUUCAGUGUUCAAUUAAUCAUAAUAAUAAUAAUAAUAAUAAUAAUAAUAACAAAGAUGGGGAUCAUUGUUUAAUAUCCUCCUCAUCAUCAUCAUCAUCGUCGUCGUGCUCGUCAUCAUCAUCAUCAACCAGAAUAACGACAUCAAAUAAGAAAUAUAAUACAAAGUUAAUAUAUUUUCAAACAGAACCUAAUUGUGUACAUGUUUUAGAUUUAACAAAAUUAAGUAAUGCUUUAGGAGAUUUAAGUACAGAAGAUUCACUUAUCAAUACUACUACUAAUACUACUGAUAAUAUUAAUAAUAAUAAUAACAGUAGUAAUGGUAAUAAUCAUAAUAAUAAUGGGAUAAUUCAUUCUAAAAUUGUAAAUCAUCAUCAUCAUCAUAAUAAUAAACAAGUUGCUUAUCCAAUAUUAAAAUAUCUUGAUGCUUAUAUAUCUCAAUUAAGUAGUUUCUUAGCUCAUCAUCCAUUAUUAUUAAGUGCAUAUAUGGCAUUAAAAUUAACUGAUCCAAUAUUAAUAAAAAAUGAAGAAAUUUCUGAUCAAAUUAUAAAUGAUUCUCAUUUCAAUCAUAUAAAAUAUGAAUGGAAUAUAAUUAAAAUUAAACGUAAUCAACGUUUACAACGUUUACAUGAACAUUUUUUAAAUUUAUUUCAUGAAGCAAUUGAUAUAGUUGCUAUGGAAACAACACAAUUAAAUAUUGAUUUACAAAUGAAUAAUCAUAAUCAUAAUCAAUAUAUCAAUAAUAAUAAUAAUAAUACAACAUUUAUAUCACAAGAGAAAAUUGCUGCCAAUUCACGACGUAUUAUGUUAACAGAAUUUUUAGAAUGGAGUCGUGAAUUUGAUGCUACAUGGCAUCAUUUUCAAUAUGAUAUAUGGAAACAAGUUAGAAUGAAACAAACUAUAGAAUUAUUAUAUCAUAAUAAUAAUAAUGAAAAUGAUGAAUAUAAAAUAUCAAAAGGAUUAAAUGGAUUAUUUAAUAAACAAUUAAAAUUGAAUGAAAAUGAUUUAUUCAGUAUAUUAUGGGAUGCUAAAAAUGAACAAUCAUUCACUAUGUAGUAGCAUAUUAAUGUUCAUGAUGAUGCCGAUGAUGAUGAUGAUGGUGAUGAUGAUGAUGAUGUGGUUGAAAUUUCGUGAUAUUUACUUCAUGUGAUCAUCAAAAUGUCUUCCAAAAUUGAUUUAUUUUCAUUUAAACAAACAAAAAAAAAAGAGAAUUCCUUAUCUUAAUCUACUCUAAUAUAAAACAAUAUUCUGCUGAAUAAUUGUGACGUUUAGAGAAUCAGAAAAGUAUACACUCACACACACACACGCAUACACAUAUAUACCUACAGAGAGAGACAGAGGGAGAGAGAGAGAGAGAAAGAUAAGGAAGGAGACUAAAACUUGAGAAAGAAUCCCUUACAUAAUUGUACAGAUAAACAAUCUUAAUCAUAUAUGCUUGUAUAAUUUAGAACAGAACAACAAAUUAAACAUGAUCCAAAUAAAGAUAUUCCUUCUUUUUUUUUCUCUUCACAUUCACAUAUAUAGAUCACUGGAAAUACAGUAAAGACAUGUAAUAAUAAUAAUAAUGAUACGUUGCAAUUUACAAAUUCACUAUUUUCAGUACACAAACUAUUUAAACAAGAAUACAGAAAUCGUUUGUUUUUUUUUAAAAAAAAAUUUCUCCCGCCUUUUUUUCGUUUCUAUUUGUACUCAUGUGUGCACGUACAUGCGCACACACACACUCACAUACAUACAAUCAUUAAAUAAUUCAUGAAUAGUAAUUGUAUGAUAUAGUGAAUUGUGUUCUUUCUAGCAAUUGCUCAAUGGAAACUAAUGUGUUUUGGUUUUGUUAAUAACUCUGUUUUCUUUUUCUUUUUCUUUUCUUCAGUAGUAUAUAUUGUAUUUACUUUAUAUUAAUAUUGAUCUGUCAUUGUUUGUUUGCAUUUUGUUUGAGUCAAAAGUCUUCUAUUUCCGUUUUUGUUUUCUUUCUUUUUCUUCUUUAAUACAGUUACCUGGUUAGUUCGAAGUUCCUUUUUUCUCUUUCCAAUAUGUAUUCCUUUAAAUAUAUUAGAUCUAUCAAAGUGCCUUCAAUAAUUUGUCAGAUUAUCAUUUUCUUCUUUAUCUUCUUCUUGUUUUUUUGCAUUUUAUUCUUAAGUUAUAACAAUACAGUGUUGUUUUUGUUUUGAUUAUGAUCAUUUCUUCGAUCUAUUUUCUUAAAUGAAUCUUUAUAUAACAGAUAAAAAUGGUUACCAUGGAUACAAUCAUUUUAAGCGUGUCUCUAUUCAAACAUAAUGUACAUGCUUAAAAAAAGUCAAUAGUAUUCAAUUCAUUUAAUGUUAAUAAGAAAUUUCGAAUUGGAUUAUUUGUAAUUCCAUAAGGAUGUUUGUCUAACUGGGGAUUGUUUUCUUUUUUUUUCCGAGGAAAGUAACGAUAUCAGUAUUAAGUGCCCUUCUGACGUCUAGGUACAUACAUAUAUAUAAUAUAUAUACAUAUU